UCCAUUGACAGAACAGCUGAAGCAUCACCUGUGUGUGGGGCGAUUGGAGACAUUCACUAGCCGCAGUACGUAUGCCCUUAUCUUUUUUUCACCUUUUUCCCUCGAAAUACAUGGCAUGUCCAAUUCAAGACUAUUACAAGAGUAUUCAGACGACGAAGAAUUUACUUUAAAUCCAGUCCAUGAAACGGUUGCUGAUAACAGCAGAUAUCUAAACGGUAGUCUGCAACGACCGUAUUUUCAAACCACUGACUCUUCGGACAAUGAAGACAUGGAAGCUCCACCAUCUCUCAUUCUGGAGCGUGCAUCUCCAAUACAGACCCAUCAUAGACCUUCAACAAGAGACCAUGUCACUACUUAUGAUCGUACCAUGUGGCGUUGGGCUAAUGUAGAAAAUAUGGACGAUUUUUUUAAUAGAGUGUAUGAAUAUUUUCAGGGAAAAGGCAUUUAUUGUAUAUUAUUAGCUAGACUGUUGAACCUGCUAACUUUGGCAUUCAUAAUUCUCUUUUCAACAUUUCUAAUCGGUUGCAUAAACUACUCUGAAAUAACAUCUCGACACAAGCUAUCUGACGUCGUUGAGCCUCAGUGCAUUUCAAAGCUUUCCGCUACAAAAUUCUUAUUCUUGUCAAUAUUUGUAGCAUGGUGGAUCUGGCAAGGAAUUCGAUUUAUAACAGACAUACCAAUGCUGAAAGAAAUGCAUAAUUUUUAUACCCAUCUUUUACUUAUUCCAGACCAAGAUAUGCAAACUGUAUCAUGGCAAACUGUAUUAGAUCGUAUUAUUGAUAUACGAGAGACCAACCCCAAUGUGUCCGAUAUUCGACUCACAGAACACGAUGUUGCAAGUCGAAUUAUGCGAAAAGAGAAUUACUUGAUUGCGUUAUUUAACAAGGAUCUAUUGAAUAUCACCAUACCUUUACCGUAUUUAAACAAGAAACACAUUUUCACAAGAGAUCUAGAAUGGAAUUUAACUUUCUGUCUAUUGGGGUUUGUAUUCGAUCAUCGAGGCCAAAUGAGAAAGCGAUUUUUAAAGGAAAAGAACAAGCAUGUUUUGGUAGCUGGAUUGAAAAGAAGAUUUAUUUUUAUGGGCUUAUUGAACUUUGCCUUGUCGCCCUUUAUUCUCGCCUAUUUGAUUUUGCACUUUUUCUUUCGUUAUUUUGAGGAAUAUCACAAAAAUCCAGGAGAAAUGGGGUCAAGGGGAUAUACGCCAUUUGCCAAGUGGAAGUUUCGUGAAUUUAACGAACUACCUCAUUUGUUUCGUAAUCGUAUCAGCCAAAGUUAUGAAUUCGCUAAUCUUUACAUCAACCAAUUUCCCAAAGAAAAAACUAUUCUUGCAGCAAAAUUUGUAUCUUUUCUUGCAGGAUCUUUUGCCGGUGUUUUAGCACUUUUUACUCUGUUUGAUUCUGAAGCACUACUCAAUUUUGAAAUCACACCGAAUGGGACAGUUUUGUUUUACUUGGGCAUCACAGGAACGAUAUUCGCUGUUACACGAGGAAUGAUACCUGAUGAAAAUCAAGUGUUCGAGCCCGAGAGAUUGUUACGACAAGUUGUGGAACAUACACAUUAUUUACCCGCAGAAUGGAAACACAAGUUGCAUACGGACCAAGUGCGAGGGGAGUUUUGCUUGCUAUUUGAUUAUAAAGUGGGUGUAUUUUUGCAAGAGCUCACUAGUGUAAUCUUUGCUCCGCUUGUAUUGUGCUUAUCUUUACCAACCAGUGCAGAACAGAUAGUGGACUUUUUUAGAGAAUUUACAAUUCAUGUGGAUGGAUUGGGGUAUGUAUGUAGUUUUGCUCAGUUUGAUUUUGAGAGACAUGGUAACGUAAAUUACGGAGUGCAAGGCGUUACCACGGAGGACGAGUAUUACCUUAGCAAGCAAGGAAAGAUGGAAAAGAGCUUCAUCAGCUUCAAGGCCAAUCAUCCCAAGUGGAUACCACAAGAUUUAGGUGGGUCAAUGUACUUGUCUCGACUUACGGAAUUCAAGAAUCAAAAAAGGCAUGUUCAUAUUCAAGAAGAAGAUUCCGAUGAUGAACAAGUUGAAAGGAGGAGACCCGAGAAGCAACCAAUGCGACUAAAUCAAUAUGGCAUACCUGAUGUUGUACCUAGUAAUUUAGGUGAUUCAUUUGCAGCAAACCAAAGAUGGAACCAACAAGAAGACGCGAUUGAUAAAAAAGAGGGCAUGAUGGGCUUAUUAAAUCAAUUUUAUGAUUUGAGUAAUAAUCCAACUACCUAAAGUAGUGUUUUUUCCCACAGUGUAAAACCAAUCAGCUUUCGUGAUUAUACAAAAUUUCGGAUGCCUCAUCUUGGUACCUCCCUUUUUUUGACGUCUGUUUAUCUUUUAUCAAAAAUUAAAUAAAAAAUCUAUUCCUUAUCGUUCGAA